AAACCAUUUUGGUAAUAUUCUGUUUUUACAAUUAAGAGGGUUUUAUGCAACCUCUUAGGUAUGGCCGGAAGAUGAGUAUAUAGGUAUGGCCGAAUGGUGUAAAAACCCCAGGACUUUGGGUAUAGGUCUUGUGUAAAACGCCUAGUAGAGCCGAGAGGAGGGAGAUAGAAUUUCCGUCGGCCGGCGUUGCAGCGUGCAAGAAAAAAGUAGAAUGAAGAUAGAAGAGGUGCAGUCGACAACAAAGAAGCAGCGAAUAGCGACUCACACUCACAUCAAAGGUCUUGGCCUCGAGCCCAAUGGAAAUGCAAUACCUUUGGCAGCUGGUUUUGUGGGUCAGGCUAAGGCAAGAGAAGCUGCAGGCAUUGUGGUUGAUAUGAUUCGCCAGAAAAAGAUGGCUGGUCAGGCUCUUCUGCUUGCUGGACCUCCUGCUACUGGUAAAACAGCACUUGCUCUGGGUAUAUCGCAAGAACUUGGAAGCAAGGUACCAUUUUGCCCAAUGGUCGGAUCUGAAGUAUAUUCAUCUGAAGUGAAAAAAACUGAGGUUUUGAUGGAAAAUUUUAGACGAGCUAUUGGUUUAAGGAUCAAGGAAAACAAAGAAGUUUAUGAAGGAGAGGUGACUGAAUUGUCUCCAGAGGAGACUGAGAGUGUCACUGGUGGGUAUGGCAGAAGCAUCAGCCAUGUUGUAAUUGGGUUAAAAAGUGUCAAAGGGACCAAGCAGUUAAAGCUUGAUCCAACUAUAUAUGAUGCUCUGAUUAAAGAAAAGGUAGCUGUUGGUGAUGUCAUAUAUAUUGAAUCAAAUAGUGGAGCUGUUAAAAGAGUCGGGAGAAGUGAUGCUUUUGCUACAGAAUUUGAUCUUGAAGCGGAAGAGUACGUUCCACUUCCUAAAGGGGAGGUUCACAAGAAGAAGGAGAUAGUACAGGAUGUUACAUUGCAUGAUCUGGAUGCUGCAAAUGCAAGGCCUCAAGGAGGACAAGAUAUAUUGUCUUUAAUGUUUCAGAUGAUGAAACCCAGGAAAACUGAAAUUACUGAUAAGUUGAGACAAGAAAUAAACAAGGUUGUAAACAGUUAUAUCGAUGAUGGUGUUGCAGAGCUUGUUCCUGGUGUGUUAUUUAUUGAUGAGGUACACAUGCUGGAUAUGGAAUGCUUUUCGUAUCUUAAUCGCGCAUUGGAGAGUUCAUUAUCACCAAUUGUGAUUUUUGCCACUAAUCGAGGCAUUUGUAAUGUUAGAGGAACUGAUAUGACGAGCCCACAUGGUAUACCUGUUGACUUAUUAGAUCGCCUGGUGAUUAUUAGAACAGAAACAUAUGGGCCGGCUGAGAUGAUACAGAUUUUAGCUAUCCGUGCUCAGGUUGAGGAGCUAGGUAUAGAUGAAGAGAGUUUAGCUUACCUGUGUGAGAUCGGACAGCAAGCAUCCCUGAGGCAUGCGAUUCAGUUUCUGUCACCUGCCAAUAUUGUGGCUAAGAUGAAUGGCCGGGACAAGAUCUGCAAGGCAGAUCUUGAAGAAGUGAGCUUGCUCUUUCUGGAUGCAAAAUCUUCAGCCAGGCUUCUUCAGGAGCAGCAGGAUAGAUACAUUUCAUGAUGAUGACCUGUAUCCUUCCAUCAUUUUUUGCUACGUCAGGCGUGUGAUUCUCUGCACACAACCUAUGUCGACAGAUGCUUCCCUUGACCCAGUCUACUCAUCUGCUGUCUAAUGUAGUCUUGAGGUUCUUCUUUUUGUUAGUGUUUUUACCAACUUGUCCUAGAUUCAUUGUGGUUGGAUCUUACUUCUCGAAUUUAAGAAUACUUGUUCUCAUUUUGUUUCUAAAUGAACACAUUUUGUGCACUUGAGUUUUACGCGGGGAAGGUUGAUUUAUUGAUGAACGUCCUAAUGGAACUCAACAUCUAGUUCCAUGGAGGAUAAUUUAUUGUUUGUACAAUUUCAAAUUGGAAAAAUUCACAUGAAUAAUUCCAACUAUUAGAGAUCUUCUUAUAUUAAUCCCAAACUAGAAUCGGU